ACCCACCCGACCCGUAUGUCCACUGGUGUAUUAUCUCCAAAACUAGUCUUCACACAAAAGCCCUAAUUUACUUUGUCAUAUCGUUUCUCUUCUCCUCUUCUUACGUUUCUGAGAAAAAAAGCUUUGAAAGAUGGAUAACAAAGAGGCUUCAAAAGCCGUUGAUGCGCUCAAACCAGCAGCUUCCUCAUCUGACCAAUCUAUUUCCACACCCCAGGAGAUGGAUAAUCUAGAGGCUUCCGAAGCUAUUGAAGCACUCUCAUUGAAAGCUUCCUCAUCCGAGCCUUCUUCCGUUUUAGCUUCCCAGAUGACUUUGGAGGAGAAGUUCAAGAUUGUUAGGAGUAUUGGGGAGGAAUGCAUACAGGAGGAUGAAUUGAUGAAUCUUUUGGAAAAGAAGCCAUUUCCCGUUUGCUAUGAUGGUUUUGAGCCUUCUGGUCGAAUGCACAUUGCUCAGGGAGUUUUGAAGGCACUAAAUGUCAAUAAACUGACUUCGGCUGGCUGCAAGGUGAAGAUCUGGAUUGCAGAUUGGUUUGCCCAGCUAAAUAACAAGAUGGGAGGUGAUUUGAAGAAAAUUGAGGUUGUUGGUCAAUAUUUUAUUGAGAUAUGGAAGGCUGUGGGAAUGAAUCUUGAAGGGGAUCAAGUAGAAUUUUUGUGGUCUUCAAAAGAGAUUAACUCCAGAGCUCAUGAGUACUGGCCUCUUGUAAUGGACAUAGCUCGAAGGAACAAGCUUCCGAGGAUUUUAAGAUGCUGCCAAAUUAUGGGUCGGUCUACGCAAGAUGAGUUAACCGCUGCCCAGAUUUUUUACCCGUGCAUGCAAUGUGCUGACAUAUUCUUCCUUAAGGCUGACAUCUGUCAACUAGGCAUGGACCAGCGCAAGGUUAAUGUACUUGCUAGAGAGUACUGUGAUGACAUCAAGAGGAAAAACAAGCCUAUCAUAUUGUCUCACCAUAUGCUUCCUGGUUUGCAGGAAGGUCAAGAGAAGAUGUCCAAGAGUGACCCUUCUUCUUCCAUUUACAUGGAGGAUGAAGAGGCAGAGGUAAAUCUCAAGAUAAAGAAGGCUUUUUGUCCACCAAAGGUUGUAGAAAAUAAUCCAUGUCUGGAGUACAUCAAGUAUAUCGUCCUCCCUUGGUUUAACGAGUUCAAAAUUGAGCGAAGUGCUGAUAAUGGCGGUGACAGGACCUACAAGACUUUUGAAGAAUUAGCUGCUGACUAUGAAAGUGGGAGCUUGCAUCCUGCAGACCUGAAACCUGCAUUAGCAAAAGCAAUCAAUAAGAUAUUACAGCCGGUGCGUGAUCAUUUUAAGAAUGAUCAGAAAGCCAAAGACCUUGUGAAAAGGGUGAAGAGUUUCAAGGUAACUAGGUGAGCUCUAGCUGAAUGAAGUGAAGUGGAUUGAGAGAUGGUAAUGGCUGUCUGGGAGUUCCGCUACUUGGUUUCCCAAGAAAACAUCAUAGAAAACCCACCAUUUUUGAUUUCGAAUCAUAAGUUUAAAUUUUGUUAACUGUGAUUUCACUGGGGAAAUGCCUCUGAAACAUUUGUUAGCUACAUGGAUGUUUACAGAUAGCAAUUUUAUUGGGACUUCUCUAUAUUUAAUAACCUUUUUUUUAUGCA